CAGGAACACAGAGCACACUCCUGAAAGCCAAAGAAACUAGCUGGCUGUCCUUGCUUAGGAGCUCAACCACUUGACUUUUUCCAGACAUGCUGAAGAUCCUGGUUCUCUUGGCCGUGACACGAUUGUGUUUGACGGAAGGGCAUCGCUGCUACGCAAAAGGGGACCUGGAGAAACAUUACAGGAGUUUCGUAGGACGGAUGGAAUUGGAACGGUACCCACCGUAUUACAUGGUCAGGGAGCUGGAAAGAAACCCAGGGAACACGCAUGAGGAUUGCCCGAACUACCGCGUUAAGCGUCCGAUGGGGGAUCAUAGUCGCCGCUCCAUCUCCCCCUGGCGGUACAGAAUCCAUGUGGAUGAAAACAGAUUCCCGAAAAAACUGGCCUAUGCCGAGUGCUUGUGCUCGGGAUGCAUCGAUCCUAAGGACGGGACGGAGAAUCUAUCCAUGAACUCUGUCCCCGUGGAGCAAACCAUGAUGGUUUUGAAAAGGAUAGAUUGCCCGCAUCGCAAGUUGAACGAGAGGAAGUAUACCUACGUUGUGGAAUAUAUAAAAGUCCCAGUGGCUUGCACAUGUGUAAUACCCAAGACCCAUUCUUAGCCUCUUAUAGAGGAUAAUUGUGUCUUUUAACUCUCAUUGUAGUGACAUGAGUCACAUAUAUACGUGUUGUGUUUGUUUUAAAAUGCACUCUUGUUAUUGUAAGUGAUAACAUGAACCGAGUUGCUUAUAUUGAUAAGCUCCGUAAGGCAUGUUUUUACAUGAAUUCGAGAUUUAUAUGGAGUCGUUAUUUAUUUUAUUUAUGUAUUUAUUUAGCUAUUUAUUUUUAUUCAUUCAUAACUGUCCUCAUUUGUGAUUUAAGGCAGCAGAGGUUAUUUAUUGUACUUAUCAGAUUACGUAAACACAUUUGUUAGCAUUGAACUGACUUUAUUUCUCAUUAUAGUAUAAAACAUUCAAUAUUUAAGAAUGUAAAGAGCACUACUAGGCGUAAUGUAAACUAGUACAACUAUGAAACGACCGAUGAAAAUAUGCGUUGGGAAACUAAUCUGAUUUUUGUAUACAUAUCAUUUUACAAGACGAACAUAAAAAAUGCAUUUGUUGUUAUUUGUAAUACCUUUGUAUGGCUGUUCAGGUUAAAAUAAACU